AUGGACGCAGUGGCAAAUCUUCCGCCAGAUGUGUUUCUGGGCCUCAUUGGUUUUGCAUUCGCAUGCGUUAACGUGUACUUGCUGUGUUUGAUGGUAUUCCUCGACUAUCUGGACGAAGGUAUGCCUAGUCCUAUGCGUGUGGAAGACAGUCCGCAUACAAGGAAACGCAAGAGUGCCUGGGUAGUUCCAAAACACAUGGUUCGAAACCCGAGAUAA